AUGUCAGGCCGCUUCGUCCGCGCUUCGAAGUACCGCCACGUCUUUGGGCAGACGACGAAGAAAGAGCAAUGCUACAAUAACAUCAAAAUCUCUGGGAACGCCUGGGACACAAAUCUAGUCAAAGCCAAUCCGCAAUACCUAUCUGUCAAUUGGGAAGCCGGCGGUGGCGGCGCGUUUGCUGUGAUACCCUUGAGUGAGAAAGGGAGAUUGCCGGAUCACAUACCGUUGUUUAGGGGCCAUACCGCAGUGGUCCUAGAUACAGAUUGGUCACCUUUUAACGAUUCCUUCUUAGCCUCUGCCUCAGACGAUGGAAAAGUUGGAUUAUGGAAAGUCCCAGAAGAUUUCGCUAUUCGAACCGAUGACGAGGAGGAGCUGAAGGAUAUUGCUCCCGUCAAAAAGCUCACGGGACACUCGAAGAAAGUUGGCCAUGUGCUGUUCAAUCCGUCAGCAGAUCAGGUCCUCGCAACCUCUUCCGGCGAUUACACAGUAAAGAUCUGGGACGUUGAGGCGGGGAAAUCCAAAUUGACACUAAACGUGGGAGACAUCAUACAGUCUCUCACUUGGAGCGCGAACGGCUCUCUUCUCGCCACUACCUCACGAGAUAAAAAGCUACGGAUAUGGGAUACAAGGCAGCAAAAACCUGCCCACGAGGGGGCAGGACAUGGUGGAACCAAAGCGAGUCGCGCUGUAUGGUUAGGCGAAAAUGAUCGAAUAGCUACAACGGGCUUCUCAAGGAUGAGCGAUCGCCAGCUGGCGCUAUGGGACAUAAGGCAGCCAGCGGCGCCAAAAGAGGGUUUUGAACGCUUAGAUACGCAAUCAGGCAUUUGCAUGCCGUUUUGGGAUGAUGGUACUCAAAUGCUCUACCUUGCUGGGAAAGGUGACGGCAACAUACGAUACUUUGAAUUGCAGAACGACAAGCUUGAGUUCUUGUCCGAAUACAAGUCUGUAGAGCCGCAGCGAGGCGUUGCGUUCUUGCCAAAGCGCGGUGUCAACAUUCGCGAAAAGGAAGUAAUGCGGGCUUAUAAGACCGUCGGCGACAAUUAUGUAGAGCCUAUCUCUUUUUUCGCACCCCGUAGAGCGGAGGGAUUCCAAGCUGACAUCUAUCCGCCAACUGUUGGCUCUAAGCCGGCCAUGUCUUCUGCUGAAUGGUUUGGGGGCAAGGAGGCGCUACCGCCGAAAAUUGAUCUCGAAUCUGUUUACAACGGAGAGGAGCCUGCUGAGGCUUCGACGACAGAUACACCGUUUGAAAAGCCAGCCCCAGAACCAGCACCUAAGGCGCCGUCGCCUAUCACGAAAUCCGUUGAACCUGAACCUGAACCAGCAGCAGAGAGUGCGCCACCAACGGCUUUAAAAGGUCCGCCUCCUUCGAUGACCGAACAAACAGCUUCCAUCAAAGACCUCGCAGCUAAGUACGACGAUAAUGAAGAAGACGAUGUUCCAGAUGAAGAAAGUAGCUUCGAAGAGGUUGCCAAACCUAUUGAGCGUCCCAUCAAACAAUCGGCUGCGCCGACGUCUGAUCAAUCAUCUCAGAUGUCACCAACAACGAGGAGUCUGGGAGACUCUUUAUCUGCUGUGAAGGAUAAGCCUGACGACUUCGCCCAAGCGAGCCAAAUGGCAGCUAGCCAGUCUACCGAAGCACAAAUCAAAGCCCAAGCAAAGCCACUGAGCGAAACGAAGCCAGAACCAUUAAGGGAGCAACUACCGCCAUCGAGAUCGGUAAGCGGACAACAGCAGCCUGAAGUACACGAAAGUCUAGCAGAGAUCAAAAGUCUUUUAGAACAGCAAAAUCGAACCAUGAACGCGCAGAACGAAACGAUAGGGAAGUUGACGGCAGAGGUGGAUCGCUUGAGGACACGGAUUGGAGAGUAA